CAGAGAGUGUGUGAGCAUUGCGGUCGCCUGGGUUGUAGAUAAAGUUCCAGUGUUUACAAAUCUAGUCUUCGCGAUCUGGGAGUGUGGCGCGGUGAUGGGAGCGGGCCCUGGGUCCUGACCAUACACGGAAAUGCAUAUCCUGGAGAUUGGCGCUGACCAAGAUGAAGAUGGCGGGAGCACUCGGGUCGCGGAGGCGGCGUUUCGGACCGUGCCGCGCGACCACACAGCCUUCAUCAUCUGGAGGGUCGCCGAAUCGGGCACGGAAAUGCUUCCGCGGACCCACUACGGUACCUUCUACGAUGGAGAAGCCUAUUUAGUGUAUUCCUCGUCGAUGCCUGGCCAGCCAGCGGGCCCAGAUGUUAUUCGUAAAGAAGUCAAAGAGAACGGCAGCACAGAAUGCGCUGAACGCCACAUCCACGCGUGGGCAGGCGAGCGCUGUGGAGCCCUAGCGGCCUUAGCGCUCCGCCGCGGGACCCAGCUGGCGGCUUAUCUGGCCGUGCCCACUGUCAUACACCGCGAGGCUGCCACCAAGGAGUCCCCUAGGCUGCUGUCGUACUUCCGUGAUGGAAUCAGAAUCCUGCGAAGCGGCUGCAACCUGAACGGCGGAGCGCGCCUGUACCGCGUGCGCGGGCGCCGCCCUGUGCUCCUCCAACUGGACCCGGUAUCUUGGUCCCAACUCGCGGCUGAUGUCUUCGUGCUCGAUACGGCUUCGUUGCUCGUGCUGUGGCUAGGUCGUGCGGCCAACUUGAUCGAGAAGAUGUUUGGUGCUAAGAUCGCAUACCGCAUGGCUCGGGGCGCCGACAAAGGCAUGACAGCCCGUCGCAUCGCCAUCGCGCACGACGGCUACGAGCAGACCCUUCCACCUGCUGACCGCGCUCUGCUCGACGCACUUCUAGAACUGCGCGCGCGUUCCGUGCGCCCCGCUACUCCGCCUGCAGAGCCGCCGCGACCAGCUCGUCUGUACCGAGCGACGCAGCCGCCGCGCGUCGCUCCUAUCACCACUCCGUCGCAGCGACCGGCAGCACGGCUUGAGGAGGUCAAGCGGGCGCCAUUGUUUAGGGAGGAUUUGACUGAUGAUGGAGUUUACAUCGUGGAUGCCGGUAGCCGCGGCGUUUGGGCCUGGGUAGGCCCGUCGGCUGGACCAUCUACGAGCCGUGGCGCCCUCGCUGCAGCUCGAGGCCUCGCUCGCGCUCGACGCCACGUAGGCCCCGUGUCUGUCACCGCUGCAGGGCGCGAGCCACUGGAGUUCGCUGCGUUGUUCCACGAUUGGCGCUGGUGCGACAAACGCCGCGACAAUCGCGUGCGAGUCGCUCGGUCUGCUACAACACGACUCGAUGCCGUCAGUCUGGCAUCAAAUGCGUGGCUUGCAGCCGAGGCGCAGCUUCCAGACGACGGGUCAGGAGCACUACGUGUGUGGCGCGUUCAGAAUGGACUCAUAGAAGUGGAGCGUCCACAGGCUGCAGUGUUCUACGACCGAGACUGCUAUGUUGUGCUGUACACCUACCACGCGCCGACUGGCGACCAGUCUAUUCUCUAUUACUGGAUGGGUGGCUCUUCGCCAAAUGAUCUGAGGAAUUUGGGUGCUAAAGAAGCCAAAGACCUCUACAAUAAAUUGGGGCGUUUUCCCGUCCAGGCGUGGGUUUAUCAAGGCAAGGAACCGGCGCACUUCCUGCAAAUAUUCAAAGGACGCAUGAUCACUUACGUCGGCAGCGCUUCAGACUACGAUCCUAUGGGGCGUCGUGUGGUCGCUCCUUCGCGCGCGCUCAUCCUUGUCUCAGGGCAGUACGCGCGCGAAGCCCGCGGAGUAGAAGUUCGACGCGGGACCCGCGGUCGCGGAGCGUGCUAUGUACUGCGUGAGGGUGCGCGUGUGUGGGUGUGGUGCGCCGCGCACGCUACUGGCGAUGAGCGCGAGGUCGCCAAGAAUAUGGCCGCGGCUGAACAUACGCUCGUCAUGCAAGGCAAGGAGAAGCCAGAUUUCUGGGCAGCCAUCGGAGACCGGCGCGACCUGUUGGUGGCGUCUCCGCUGAAGGAGAUGGAGCGCCCGCUGCCGCCGCGCCUGUUCUACGUGGCUCUGGGGGCUCCGGGGCAGUAUUCUUUUGAGGAAAUCAUCUCGUUCAGCCAAUACGACCUGGCGCCAGAAACAGCGGCAUUACUGGACGCGCACGCCAGUGUGUUCGUAUGGCUGGGCGCGCACUGCUGCCAACGCGCCAAGGACGACGCUCGCGCUCUCGCGAGGGCCUACCUCGCCCAAGAUCCAGCAGCCCGUGAUCCCGAGACGCCGGUGAUCGUGCUGAGUCAGGGCCGGGAGCCGCCGCACUUCACUGGCUUUUUCCCGCACUGGAAACACUCCAUGUGGAAGGGCCACAAGACAUUCAGCGCUAUCAUCAGUGCCCUUGAAGGCAAAGCGAUCGUGCAGAGUGGCAACAGCGCACUACAGAGCGGCAACAGCGCAAACCGCUUCGACCAGCACGAGAAAUACCCGCUGGCGGUGCUUCGUGGGCCAAAAGACCAUCUGCCGUCUGACGUCGACCCGUUGGCUAAGGAGCUUUACCUGACGCAUGACGACUUCGUGUCUGCUUUCCACAUGCCGUAUAGCGAGUUCCGCGCCCUACCAGGCUGGAAGCAAAAGGACCUCAAAAAAUCCGUUGGCCUGUUCUGAGCACACGGCUCUGUUCUCUCUGAUUCUAGUACGACUUCCGUUGGUAUAGCAUGAAGAAAGCUUUGGAUGCACUGGCAUCCGUCAGUCCAUUCAGUAUCUCUAUACUCGAAGUUAUCUCUACACCGAAGUUGGUAAACUGUACAUCUUUCUUUUUUAUUUCAAUGAAGGCAGAGAACGAUGGCGGCUAUUUGAGAAGUUUAGUAUUCGUGGUUGUUCCUUCUUUUAGGUUUUACUAACAAUUCCGUUCUAGCAAUAAGGUGAAAUCUUCUUUGAGUAAAUCAAUAGGAAGUUAAAGUCAAUUCAAGAAAAAGCGCGUUUAAACAGUCUUCGGACUCUUCGGAGCUAAUAGUAUCAAAUAUAAUGAACGGGAGCAAACGCAAACACGCCUUUCAUAUCAGUAUUCACUUAGUCGUAAGCUCACAGCAGAAUAGAAGUUACGCACACACGGCAACGUCGUUGCGGGUCCUAAUGUAUUGUAUGGAACCACAUCGCACAGCUAGAACAUUAUUGUAUUGUAUUGUAUUAGUCAUUCACGAUGUUAUUGUUAACUUUUGUGUAAUCAAAUUGUUGUUAUUGAUUGUUUUAUUGCAAUUUUUAUUAAUGUUGUAUGUAAUUAUUUAUAUUAAG